AUGUGUUUAUCCGAAAGGAAAAAGCAUCUACGCGUAAUUUUCUUGCUCCUAAUAAUAGUAACACUUAUAACUCGAUGUUUAUCUCAAACAGCCAUUCCACAAGGAAUUCCAUCGUUUGGGUCACCACCAACAGGUGAUGGUGAUUUUACAAAUUCUCCAAAAUCCGUAAAUUCCGAAAGUUCACCAUUUCCACUUUUACCAACCUCUCCGGAAGAACCUGGCCCAAAUCUAAAGUCACCAACAAUUCCAUCGGCGACAUCCCAACCAAUGAGUCCAAAGACGACAAAGUCACCCGCAUCUGGAAAUAAAGCCCCAUCUUCAGGAAGUCCCAAUACCUCCCCAAAGUCUGAUAAAACUAAAGAUGCAACGAAUUUAAAAAAAGUUCCUUGGCAGGUGAAAGAAAAGGCAUGCAUUGAAGUUAGUGGGCCAUCAAACAAAACAAUAGUACAACCAGAAACUAUACAACGAAUAUCGUGGAAUCAAUCUCCAUGCCAAAUGGAAGCUCGUAUAGUUGAAAACUUUGCCGUUUUAUUAUAUAAUACUUUAAAACUUGUGCCUGACGCAAAGAAACGUGAUUAUUCUCCGAAUGGAAAGAUAAUGUACGAUUGGGGUCCCAUGCCGAAAGUACCAUACAUAAAUAAUCCAAGGAUCUCAAACUCAUCGGAUUUUUACGUUCGAGUAGAAACGAUGUCUAGAUCUGGCAUCUUUGGUUCAAGUGUGCCUUUGGGUGGAAUUUAUGGUCCAUUUUCAAUAGAAUUGAAAGAUCCUCCGGAAGGUCAAAAUGCCAAACAACAAAAAGAUGGAUUACAUAAUUCUUUAGGAUCUAAAUUGUG